AUGGCGGAAACAAGGCCUGACCAGCAGGUGGCGGCGGCGCCGGCCCCGGAUCUUGAGGUGGAGGAACGAGAGGCCGGGCCCAAGGCACGAUCCCACUGGGUGGCGUGGAUUUACAUGUUCAACUGGUAUCCAUCGCAUUACCCGGCUGAGGAGCGAAAGCUCCUCCGAAAGAUGGAUACGUUUCUACUUACGUUUACCUGUAUCGCAUGGCUGGAUCAAAGCAAUGUCAACAAUGCCUACGUCAGCGGUAUGAAGGAAGAGCUUGAGUUAAACGGCAACGAGUACUCUCUCUUUCCAGCAUUCUAUAACGUGGGAUACAUCAUCUGUCAGAUCCCGUCGCUACUCAUCCUAUCUCGGCCUCAAUACUCUCGAUGGUUCCUCCCCACAAUGGAGGUGGCGUGGGCCAUCCUGACUUUUGCGCAAUCUCGCGUCAGCAAGGCAGCGGACAUCUACGGCACCAGAUUCCUCCUCGGUGUGUUGGAGACCCCCGUAGCCUCGGGGAGUCUUUACAUCUUGGCGUCGUGGUACAAGCCAGAUGAGAUUUUCAAGCGCGCCAGCGUUUGGUUCAUCUCCAACAACGUCGCCGUCAUGUUCGGCGGAUACCUCCAAGCCGCGGCCUACACCAACCUCAACGGCGUCCACGGCAUGGCCGGCUGGCGCUGGCUCUUCAUCAUCGACGGCGUCAUCAGCCUGCCCCUCGCCCUGCUCGGCUACUUCAUCUUCCCCGGCAUGCCCGACAGCAAGCGCAUCUGGUGGAUGUCCGAGCGCGAGCACGUCCUCGCCCGCGAGCGCAUGAGCGCCAUCGGCGUCGAGUCCCCCAAGCGCCUGUCCAAGAAGAUCAGCUACCCCCACGGCCAGAUGGGGCUCUGGCUCAAGGACGAGGCGGCCAAGCACGGGACCUAUACCGUGCCGCAGAUCAACACGAUUCCCACGGGUGCCAUGGGUGUUUCCAUCGUGGCUGGCCUUCUCGCGGGCCAGCUGUGCAUGGUGUACCCGACUUGGAUCAUUUUUAGCAUUGUGCAGGCCAUCUUCAUUUUUGCCAAUGUUUGCCUGAUUAUCUGGAAUAUCCCGACCGGACUUCAUUUCGCGUCAUACUAUCUGCUGGGUGUCAGUGCAGCUACCACGCCCAUAUUAGUGCCGACAGUCAACUACUGGCUCCGAGAUGAUGCUGAAGCCAGAGCUUUUGCGACUGGAAGCUUAUUGACCUUGGGCUUUGCCGUCCUCGCCUUUUACCCCAUCGUCGUUUUCCCGGUGGUCGAAGCGCCUCGCUGGAAGAAGGGGUAUAUUGUCAACCUGUUCUUCGUCUCCUUUUGUCUUUUCUUCUUCCUCUUGGGAACGUAUUUGUACAACCGUGAACAGAAGCUCAAGGAAGCUAGGGAGGGCACGGACUCUGGAAAGGAGGAGGGAGACGUUGAUAAGGGCGAGGAUGAAAAGGUAAAGGUGGAGAUAGUGCAGUGA